AUGGCGAUAUUGGAGUCGCCGGAGAGUCUGGACACGGCGUCGUCCAGCGCCGACAAUGGCCACGGUCGCGACCACGCCACCACUUUGCGCCGCAGACCGAGCGCGCGGUCUGUUGAGCCACUUCUCGAGUCGGAUUCCAGUUCCCUCGAGGGCGAGACCGCUAUAAAUGGCGGAGAAAGAUACCAAAGUGACGCUAAUUCAGCCGGGAAGCUCUGUGGAGGGGCCGUUGAGUCGAACGAAGAGAGGGAAGCGGCAACGGGAAGUGAAGGAUUGACUUGUGACAAGGGCGAGGCGGAGAAAGUGAAGGAAGGUGAUGGCAAAGGAGUGGACGCUUUGGCCGUCAAAUUCGCGUACAGGCCCUCGGCGCCUGCUCACCGCCGGAUCAAGGAAAGUCCUCUAAGUUCCGACGCCAUCUUUAAGCAGAGCCAUGCAGGUCUCUUCAAUCUCUGUAUAGUGGUGCUUGUUGCUGUAAAUGGCCGGCUUAUCAUUGAAAACUUGAUGAAGUAUGGCUGGCUGAUCAAAGCAGGCUUUUGGUUUAGUCCGAAAUCACUGAGGGAUUGGCCACUUUUCAUGUGUUGUGUUAGUCUUCCAGUAUUCCCACUUGCUGCAUUUCUUGUUGAGAAGUUGGUGAAACAAAAGUACAUACAUGAAUGGGUUGCUGUCUUUCUUCAUGUUGUAAUAACAACAACCGAAAUCUUGUAUCCCGUUGUUGUCAUUCUUAGGUGUGAUUCUGCCGUUCUGUCAGGAGUGACCCUAAUGCUCUUUGCUUGCAUUGUGUGGUUGAAGUUGGUUUCCUAUGCUCAUACAAAUUAUGAUUUGAGGGUGCUUGCAAAGUCACUUGAUAAGUGGGAAGCAUUAUCUAGUUAUUGGAACAUGGACUACUCAUAUGAUAUUAGCUUCAAGAGUUUGGUGUAUUUCAUAGUUGCUCCUACACUGUGCUACCAGCCAAGUUAUCCUCGUACAUCAUGUAUUCGGAAGGGUUGGGUGGUACGCCAACUCAUUAAAUUAGUGAUAUUUACAGGAUUCAUGGGAUUUAUUGUUGAACAGUAUAUAAACCCAAUCGUACAGAACUCGCAACAUCCUUUGAAAGGAAACCUUUUGUAUGCCAUCGAGAGGGUCUUGAAGCUAUCAGUUCCAAAUUUAUAUGUGUGGCUCUGCAUGUUUUAUUGUUUUUUCCACCUUUGGCUAAACAUACUCGCUGAACUUCUACGGUUUGGUGAUCGUGAGUUCUAUAAGGAUUGGUGGAAUGCGAGAACAGUUGAGGAGUAUUGGAGAAUGUGGAAUAUGCCAGUCCAUAAAUGGAUGGUCCGCCAUAUAUACUUCCCAUGCUUGCGAAAUGGGAUACCAAAGGUAGUUGCAGUUUUGAUUGCCUUCCUCGUGUCAGCUAUUUUUCACGAGCUGUGUAUUGCUGUCCCUUGCCACAUGUUCAAGUUGUGGGCAUUCAUCGGUAUUAUGUUUCAGGUAUAA